AAAGCUGAUGGAAGUACUAGCUCGAGUAGUGGAACCCAAACUUCCUCUACGUCAGGAGCAACAUCCACUUCCACUACCCAAAAUAGCAGCACAUCAUCAACCUCCCUCCACCGCUCCUACGCGAUCGAAGAGGCCCUCUCCAUGGACAUCGCGCGGUGUCAGCCGAAGGGGAGGCUGUUCUGCUACGACAAUGAGACGAAGGAGACGGAACUUUUGAAGUCCGGUCUCUAUUGCCCAACAGCGGUAGCCGUCUUGCAGCAUCACGGGAUAGCGCAGUCGCCAACAGCGCAGUCGAGAAGUAGCAGUCCAAGCAUCCCAUUCGCGACACAAGGAGGAACUGCCGUUCUUAACGCUCCUCCUGUGCUAAAAAUGGACCCCCACCAUGGGCCCCAGGGGCAGUCGGGGCAGGCCGGGGGGAGUACUGGAACAUUAUUCCAGUCUCUCGCGCACAAUAUCAAAUGCAAAAAUGUCUGGGUCUGGAAGGAUGUAACUUGUGAUGUUGCAUUUGGAUUCUACAAAAAUCUGUAUUGCAUGAACAGCAAAAGAGGCCCAGCUUUUGCGACGGCGAGACGGCAUUUCUCAUGCGGUAUAGGCAUCAGGAAGCCAUCACAAAAUCUGUGAUGCUAGGUCAUGCAUCACAGACAUCAGGAGUCAUGCGAAAUGUGAAUGACAAACCUUGAAUCCUUCCAGACCCAGACAUUUUUGCAGUUGAUACACAAGAUUCACCAGCAAACUGCUUUUCUGUUGAUCGCGGAAGCGUCGAUAUCCAAGCAAAAAGUGUGUAAGUGUAACUUUUUUGCAGAAACAGCAUCACAGAUUUGUUUUGCAUGACAGAGACGAGAACCUGUGAUGCGUAGCUAGUACGCGAAAACACGUAUGAAAAUUAUAGCCUCUGAUGCACAUCCAGCAUGACAAGUGUAACUGUAUUGCAACGUCCGCAACAUAAAGCUACAGUUACGCGCGUGUUUUCUUGCAUACUCAAAAUUGCGGAUUGUGAAGUUCAACGUGGUCACGAGAGAGAUCGUGUUGGUCAUUGCGGACAGAUAUGAAUCGCAAAUAUGUCCGGGUCUGGAAGGAAGAUGCAAGGUUUGUCAUGCUUGUCUGGCAUGACUGAAAAGUUUGUAAUGCGUGUCCAAGAAGAGAGCCUUUUGCUUGUCAUGCAAGCCGCACUGUUUGUCAUGCGGAAAACGCAACACGAAGCCGCGCAAAUAUUUUUCAUGCUUGGCUGUGCAUUACGGAGCUCAGCAUGACAAGUUUCCAGAGGACCCAGACAUAUUUACACUAGAUAACAGACUACCCGGCGUUCCGCUGUCCCUGUCGCCGACAAUAACGAUCGGGAGCACGACGAAUAGCAGUAGUGGUGGUGGUGGAAAAAAUCGACCGGCCGGCGCGAACAAUUCCUCCCCGAACCAUUUCACCUCCGUCUGGGUUUCCUUGGCGCCACACUUGAUCGUCGACCGCUCUGCAACGUCCCCCACCAGCUUAUUCAAAACCUUCGUCCCGAACUUUCUCCAGAAGCAAAUCACCAGCUCCGCCGGGGGAAGGAGUUUGUUCCACAAAACGUCCAGCACAACCCACGCGUCCUCCCCCACGUCCGUUCUAUUGCCGUCCGGUGCUAACCCGGUCGUGAGUUUCACGGCAGCAACCGCGACUAGUUUCUUUUCGAAAAUGUCGGAGAAGAUUCACCUCCCGGGAGUCACUAGUACAGGAUCUACUUCGACGACUGAUGGUUUGACCUCUUCUAAAACCUCCUCCCACGGCAUUCCGAAGGGUGUUGCGGUGAAACUCGACGCGCGGAAUGGGGACGUGAUAUGGAUUGCAAAGAUGUCUGGGUCUGGAAACUUGUAAUGCUAAAAGUGAAUGAUAGACGCACUACAAUACGCAGCUACGCAUGGCAAGCUGCGUUUUUGCAUGACAGGUAAGAGGGCCUUUUCGUGCCGACGCAACACAGAUUCUCGAGCCAUGCCAGACAAGCAUGACAGACUUGCACUCUUCCAGGCCCAGACACAUUUGCACUGCAUACGUGAUCGAGUAUUACCAUGCGGACUUGUUCGCUAUUGGGGCGAAGAUGACGAACGUGGACGUGCCCGAGGCGGUGAGAGAGCCGGUCACAGAGGAGGACGUCGUGGUGCGGUCAGUGAGGGAAACGACCGACGAUGACGGGUGCAGGUUGUUGAUGAUCUGUCAGGGCGACAAAGUUGGGAAGUUUUCUUUCAACUUGAACUAUGGAUUGCAAAACUACCGACCAUGGCAUUGCUGCACUAGUGGUAAUUACAUUACAUUACAACUUUGCUCUGCUUCUGCAUGACAAGUGAAAUUUGUUAUGUUGAUUUACCUUACGAAGUAAUGCAUACACGCAACCACUACGAGUGCGAUACUUUUGCAGAGGAUACCAGCGCGAAAAUUGAAACGAUCCGGAGGGCGGGACUAAGUAAGAACACGGGAGGCGGUGGGGACGGGGAGUAGGAAGUUCACGGAAGACCAGAAGUAUUAAGCUGGGUUGUUGCAGGCUUAAGAGAUAAAGAAGACCGGAGCUGCUGCAUGCUGAUUCUACUACAUCCCUACUGCAACUAUAGCUCUCUAUGAAAAUAUAUGCAAAAAAUAACGCCGAACGAACAUCAGCAGAAAGGGAU